GCUGCCUGGCCCUCCAAAGACCAAGAGGAGCAGUUUAGCAGCCGUACACUGGCCCAGGGAGACAGGGACAUGAGGGCUCAACGAGCAGCGCGGUUCCAGACACACCUGAACGAGAGAGCCCCUGUCUCGAUGGUCAGCUUCAACGACGCAGAGGGUGGAAAUCUCGACGGCGGACCCAUCAUCGGCGAGCUGACGGAGAUGUGCUCUCGUGAUGAAGCCCGGGAGAGAGAGAUGACUCGGCAGCUCGAUAAGUUCGAGUGGAAGAAGGGCACCGACCCGAAGAAUGCCGAA